AUGUAUAUCUACAGUUUAUUCCAUCAGUCUGGUUCAUCUUUCUUCAAAAGUACUAGUGUGUCGUUUGUUGUUGCUGCUGCUAACGUUAAUGAGGAAGCAGAGGCUCUGAUAAAGUGGAAGCUCGGCCUUGACAACAAAAGCCAACAUUUCCUGUCUUCGUGGCAACUCGAGGGCAACAGAAGCAGCAGCCAUUGCAGUUGGCUUGGAGUUGGUUGCGACGAGUUGAAAAGAAUCACCAAUUUGAGCCUUCCCAACUCUAAUUUAAGUGGUACACUUCAAAAUCUGAGCUUCUCAUCCUUUUCGAACCUCGUUUAUAUUGAUUUUGUAAAUAAUUACCUUUAUGGAGAUAUUCCCCUCAGCAUUUACAGCCUUUCCAAACUCACUCAUCUAAAGUUGGAGGUCAAUAGCCUUACCGGGUUUCUUUCUCCGGCAGUGGCAAAUCUUUCCAGUCUCUCCUACCUUUCUUUAUCUGGGAAUCAGCUCUCCGGAACGAUUCCAAGAGAGCUCUGGUUGAUGACAGGUCUUAGAACUCUUUACUUUGCCAGAACUCUUAUCAGUGGCACCAUCCCGAAAGAAAUAGGAAACUUGAAGUCUUUAACAUCGCUUUCUUUAGAUAACUCCAACCUUACUGGUUCUAUUCCUUCUUCUAUUGGAAACCUAACCAAUCUAGUUAAUCUUUACCUUUUUGCCACUAAUAUUUAUGGAAAUAUUCCAACGGAAAUUGGAAAAUUAAGCAAUUUGAGAACGGUUUACCUUGAUAUCAAUAAUCUCUCUGGUGCACUUCCUUCUUCUAUGGGAAACCUGACCAAUUUGAUAACCCUUAACCUUUAUGACAAUAAUCUCUCUGGGGCGCUUCCUUCCUUGGGAAACUCGACGAAUCUGAGUGUUCUAGAUUUGAUGCAAAACCAGCUCAAUGGCUUUCUUCCUUCAACAAUGAAUAACUUGACCAGGUUAACGCAUUUGGGAUUGUCUUAUAAUGACUUCACUGGUCAAUUGCCUGACCAAAUAUGCAGUGGUGGAUCACUUGUGUAUUUUCAUGCCAUUGAAAACCAUUUUACAGGCCCAAUACCAACAAGCUUGAAAAACUGCAGCAGCAUUAGUAGAGUUAGGCUGGAAGGAAACCAACUGACAGGAAAUCUUACAGAAGCUUUUGGUAUACAUCCACACUUGUAUUAUCUUAAUCUAAGUGAUAAUAAAUUGCAGGGUGAGGUUUCACCAAAGUGGGGGCUGUGCCAGAAUUUGACAACCCUCGAUAUCUCCAACAACAAUCUUUCAGGCUCCAUACCACCUGCGCUUGGUAAGGCACCUCAGCUACAGUUACUUGACUUGUCCUCAAAUCAUCUCACGGGAAAUAUUCCAGAGGAACUUGGAAAUUCCUCACAUAAUCAGAAUGCUACCUGA